GAAGUCCAAACUCCAAGAACAAAAGGGCAGGAAGGAAACAUAACUGUCAAAAUGGCAGUUUGCACACAUUCCCACAACGCAGAAACUUUAACCCCCUAUUAAUAACCCUUUAUCGUCAAAAUUUUGGUACCAGUACCCUCUUUUUUUAGUGCCCCUUCCCCAUUUAAGCUAGGUAGAUCUUGUUUUCUGAGCCAUGGCAACGGAUUUAGAUAGACCAUAUGGCUGCACAGCGAAGCCUUCAAGCCUGUUGAAUUCCAUCUUCAUGUCCAUAGUUAACAUGGCAGGAAAGAUGCUUGUCUCAACUUCAAGCUCAAAAGCUGAGAACACAGAGAAGUGGAAGCUAACAGAUCACUUGAGGUUCAUGGUUAUGCUAAUAAGUUGGCUGAUGUUGUGGGUUCUUAGGUUUUUUAUGGACCUCUUCUCCUGCUCUAUGAUUUCCCCUCCGGACUAUCACCUCGGUGGCUCGUCAACCGUCAGGCGAUUCCAGCUAUCACCAUAUUCAUCAUCAGCAACAGGAGAAGCAUUGCCAUCUUCUGGUUCAUCAUUGGAUUUGAUCCUUCGCAACAGGGUCGAUGUUGAUGGACUAGCUGUUAAAGCCCUAGUCAAAGCACUAACUCAUGUUUUGGCCUUGUUGAAUGAGAUACCAGCUUCAUCAAGAAAAUACCAAUACACAAUGGCGAUGGCUGACCAGAUCAUGGAAGAUAAUGCAAGGCACGGUCACUCAGCGCUUCUCCAUGUUAACCGUUUGGCUCUCGCUUCGUCUUUUACACGUAUUUCCGCCCUGUUAUACCGAUGCCUCCAAGUCCAAACCUCGCCAUCGGGAGACUAUGGUGACUCAUGGCACUUGCGAGCUAUCAAGGCAAUCCCUUUCGGCUCCUGCAUAGCAUCAUACAUGAAGGCCAUCACCAUGUGCUUGAAUGCCGCAUUUUCCUGGUUCGACACCGCCACAACGCGUUUCCAGAGGAGGGAUUACAAUGUAGAGCCGGACAUGAUGGCUGAGAAGUUGGCACAAGAGUUGCUUUGGGUAACCAACAAGCUUAGGUGUUAUGGGGGUUUUAACGAAGCUUUAGUUCAAUGGAGUUUGGCUUCUGGUUUGGCUUCUCUAUCUCUCAAUGCUAGUCCCAGAGUUCAAGGCUCCGUUGUUAAAAUCUCAGCCUUUCUAUUUAGGGAGCUGACUCGAAAAGACCUGGAAAUUCCGAGGCAAGUGAAGUUCCGGUUGCUGGUGCUAUGGACUCCAUUGUUUUGCCAUGCUAGCAAUGGCCAUGCAUAUCCUAUCCUAACGAGUUUUCAAAAGGCAGAGAUAGAGAGAGCAAUGGACGAAGUAAUAUCCAAUUUCCCAGCAAUGGAGCAAGAACUUAUCCUCACCACUUGGCUUGAAAACUAUGCCGUAUCUGUCUCCGAUUGGCCUAAUCUCGGAUUAGCAUACGAUCGGUGGUGCCAAUCUACUCGAGAAAUGGUUCACCAUUAAUAUAACUGCACUGUCAACUUUAUUGUUUCCUAGUAGCUUUCCUUGUUCUUUUAACUUAAUAGUUCAAUAGUACCAAGCUAUCUCAUGCUAUCCCGCCAGGGAUUUCCUUUUUUUGUCUCUUUGUUAAUGGACAGGCUCGAGAUAUGUAGUCAAGAUUAUUGAAGACCGGCCACAGAACCUAAACUGAUUUUUCCUUCUUCUUUUUU